AUGGGAAAUAUCUGUGGCAAAUCGGAAAGUGACAACUUUUCUCAACCCGGUCGCGUCCUCGGUUCCGCCCCGCCCCAACCGGAACGCUCGUCCGUCCCGGCUUCGGUCGGCGGCCCGUCUCGGACCUUGGGCGGAAACUCUCAAAAGCCACAAGAUAAUAGCGCCGCAGAGGAGGCUCGGAAACGAGCUGCCGAAGCUGCAGAGGCAAGGGCAAAUGCUACGGCUUCGAAGUCUACGGGAAAGCUAGGCACGCAGUUGGCAGCACAGAAGAAGCAAACACGCAAUGAUACACUUAAGGAGCUUAGUAACAAUGAGAUAAGGCAACGGGACGCCGACGAGGCAGCGAACGCGAGAACUUAUAACUAA